AUGUCGAAAGAAGACUUCCAAGAGUUUGUUGCCCUCAUAUCCAGGCAGCAAACAAGCUACGAAAAAAUCAAAACUCUGCAAACUAACUAUAAAAAGGAUUCUGUGAGUAGAAAGUCCAUAGAUUACCUCAACAAGCGAAUAGAAGCUCUGCAAGCCCUUUGGGACGAGUUUCGUUCCAACCACGAAAUACUAAAGAAGUACGAGUCCAUCAACAGAGACCAUGAUUACUUCAAACAAAACAUCUUUGAAAUAACGAAAAGCAUGUUCAACGAAACCAUACAAUCUAUGAAUCAGCUGCGAAAAACAUUGAACACCGAACCAGAAUUUUCGAGUACGUCAAACCCGAAAACUCCAGAAAUAGAAGUGACAACACAUUUUGACACUUCUGGAUUACACGAACAUAUCAAAAACGAUGUGCCUGACAAGCAUCUAACAACACUGUUACGUAACCAAAUGUGUAACUUUAAUGCUUUAGAGCGAGCGGUUUCCAAAACCAACUUGGAUAACUUAAAAGAGAAGUGGCAACUACAAGAUCACCUUAACAUACUCCAGUCGAAGUGGGAAGCGAUAGAUAAAAUCCACUGGGAAAUAAGUUAUCUCCUGCAAGGGAACGACCAAGAUUAUGAAGAUAAGUACGACCACUGGGAAGCAAUCUACGAUCUCCUAAAGGAAGACUUAAACAAAAAAAUAUUUGAAACAUCGCACUAUGAAAAAACAACACCACGUAUGGAAUUGCCGGAGUUUAAUGGAAACUUCAAUAACUGGAUCUCUUUUAGAGACUUAUUCAUUGAGAUGAUUCACAAUAAUCCAACGCUAAACAAAACGCAGAAAAUGAAGUUCCUUAAAUCUAAAUUAAGAGGUGAAGCAGAAAAGUUGAUCAAACAUCUCCCUUCAUCAAUUGAUCAACCAAACUCAAAUAACUUAAAGAAGCUAUAUGACACCACUAAAGAAUGUAUAAAUGGUUUAGAAAACAUUAACGUCGAUAUUCCUGUAUGGGGUCCACUUCUAUACACAUUCCAAACCGACGCAUUAGUUAUGAGUAAACUAAUCAACAAUCUACCUAACUCAAAUAUCGACACAAAGAACUGGACACACCUUCAUAAUAUUAAGUUGGCUGAUCCAGACUUCAACGUUUCAGGACCCAUUGAUUUAUUAUUGGGAGCAGAUAUUUACUCCAAUAUAAUCAUCGAUGGAGUACUCAAACAAAAUAACUACUCGCCAGUAGCGCAACAAACCAAGUUAGGAUGGAUCCUAUGCGGUGCUACUAAGCAAUUUAACUGUCUAGUAACUACAACAGAGUUAGACGAAAUGACGAGAUUCUGGGAAUCAGAAGAUAUUCCCUCGGAACUCGACUCGAUAUCUAACGACGAACACUGUGAGAAAUAUUUCACUGAAACAACGCAGCGGCUUAGCAACGGGCGAUAUGUCGUGAAAAUGCCAAUGAGCGAUAACUAUAGAGAAAAGCUUGGCAGCUCUAAACCUCAAGCCAUAGCACAAUUUCUCCAGUUAGAAAAGAAGAUGGUCAGACAAGAACAUUUUGCAAAACUAUACAAACAAUUCAUAAGUGACUACAUUGAAUUAGAUCACAUGAAACCGGCACUAGAGUCCAAUCAUCAAAUACAAGCCUACCUACCACACCAUGGUGUCAUAAGAGAGUGUUCAACAACAACGAAACUACGAGCUGUUUUUAACGCUUCAAUGAAAACAGACUCGGGCUUCAGCUUAAAUGAUUUGAUGGAGAAGGGGCCUAAUCUACAAAAGGAUAUCCUAUCUCUGGUCAUUAAAUGGCGGAGCUAUAAAUAUGUAUUAACGGCAGACAUCGAAAAGAUGUACCGCCAAAUCCUAGUGCACCCAGAACAACAAAGUCUGCAAAAAAUUAUCUGGAGAGACUCUAUAAACGAACCUCUUAGAGAAAUGCAGCUGUGCACAUUAACCUAUGGUACUAAAGCAGCACCAUUCAUUGCGAUGCGGACUCUUCAACAACUAGCUAUUGAUGAAGGCGACAAUUUUCCAUUGGCUAAAAUUGCAUUGCAACACGAUUUUUAUAUGGAUGAUGCAAUCACAGGUCACCAUACCAUAGAAACAACAAAGCUCCUACAAAAAGAGCUUAGCGAACUAUUAAAAAAAGGGGGUUUCGUUUUAAGGAAAUGGGCCACGAAUGAACCAUCUAUUCUCAAAAACCUAAACCGGGAAGAAAAAAGUAACAAUAACGAUUUUAAUUUUAAACAACAAGAGUUUAGCAAAACAUUAGGACUCGCAUGGAAUGACGCAUCUGACACAUUUCAUUUUACGAGUGAAACACAGCAGUUCAACAGCAAAGACAUUGCACCAUACACGAAACGAAGGUUGUUGUCUGAGAUCAGCAAAAUUUACGAUCCGCUCGGUUGGAUAGCUCCAAUGACAAUCCAAGCAAAACUACUUUUUCAAAAACUAUGGAGCGAUUCCUGUAAAAGCAUUGGUUGGGAUGAAAAGGUACCGGACACCAUAGAAAAAGAAUGGAAAAGGAUUAAAAUCGAAUUACCGAACUUAAAUGAUAUCAGUAUACCAAGAUGGAUACAAAAUGAACACAAUGGUAAUAUCGAAUUGCAUGCUUUCUGUGAUGCAAGCGAAAAAGCCUACGCAUGUGUAAUAUACAGCCGAACAACGUCAUCCAACGGAAUACGUAAAGCUACUCUACUCGCAGCUAAGACGAAAGUAGCUCCAAUAAAAAAGAAAACUACGAUUCCGAGGUUGGAAUUAUGCGCCGCAGUUUUACUAGCAAAACUAUUAGAUAGAAUAACAAAAAUCCUUGCCGAAUACAACGUGAAAGUAUUUUGCUGGACCGACUCUAAAGUGGUCUUAGCAUGGCUACAAGGAAACCAAACGAAGUACGAAAAGUACAUCACUAACAGAACAACAAUAAUAAGAAACAUAGUGCCAGCGAAUAAUUGGGGUUACGUGAAUACAAACGAAAACCCUGCUGAUUGUGCAACUAGAGGUCUUUUGCCAUCAAAGCUAAUAGACUUUUCGCUGUGGUGGGAAGGCCCUAAAUGGCUCACGGAACAAGAAAAACAAACUAUUGUCUCAGAAGAAACCUACACGACAAAUGAAGGAUCUUUAACAAAUUGCUACACAAUUAAUAAGGCGGAACCCGCACCGAAAAGAAAUGAAUUAAUUGAUUCAUUACUCGAACGACAUAGCAACAUAGAUCGUAUUUCAAGAAUACUCGCUUGGUCGAAGCGUUUUGCUGAGGCGUCAAGAAAACAAAGGUCAAGUGAGUGCUCUGAACUCACAUUGAAGGAAAUAAACAGGGCCAUGUGUACAAUUAUUAAAUCAGUACAAAUAUAUUAUUUUGAAAAUGAAAUAUUAUCGCUCGACAAAGGUGGAAAACUUCCUACUAAGAGCAACAUUUUAAAAUUGAACCCAUUCCUGGAUUCGAAUGGCGUUCUACGUGUUGGAGGACGUCUUAAGCACUCAAACUUGCCGGAAGAAUCAAAACAUCCCAUCCUAAUCCCUGGAGAAGGAAGACUGACACAGCUAAUUAUUGAAAAGGCACAUCAACAAACAUUACACGGUGGAGCAAGACUAACGCUAGCUUACACUAGAAAUAAUUACUGGAUUAUCAGCGGCAAUCGAACUGUUAAGAAGGCUCUGCGACAAUGCAUUCGAUGUCGUCGGUAUGCAACUUCCAGAACAGAACAACUGAUGGGGAACCUUCCUAAAGAGAGAAUCACCCCGUCGAGACCAUUUUCACACACUGGAAUUGACUUUACUGGUCAUGUCGAUGUAAAGAUAAACAAAGGUCGCGGCAUAAAAACCUGCAAAGGUUAUAUUGCCAUAUUUAUAUGCAUGUGCACAAAAGCUGUACAUAUUGAACUUGUUUCGGAUCUUUCUACGCCAACUUUCAUUGCUGCAUUGAAAAGGAUGUGUGCCAGAAGAGGCACACCAAAUCAUAUUUAUUCCGAUAAUGGCACCAACUUCGUAGGAGCAGCAAAAAUCCUAAAGGAGGAAUUCCAGCUAUUUAAAACAAUGCUGUCCCCAGAAUUUUUUAAGGAGAUAAACAACCUCCAAAUCGAGUGGCACUUUAACGCUCCAUCCUGGCCAUCGGCAGGAGGCUUAUGGGAAGCCGCUGUACGUUCCAUGAAGGCUCACCUGAAACGAGUAAUUGGGCAACAGAAGCUAACCUACGAAGAAUUUUCAACUCUACUUUCACAAAUAGAAGCGUGCAUGAAUAGUAGACCGUUGAGUCCCUUAUCUGAGGAUGUGGAAGAUCUGGACUAUCUUACUCCAGGUCACUUUCUAACGGGAAGUCCAACCCUAACACUACCGCUCAACGAUCCGGAAGAUACGAAAGUCGACAUUAGAAACCACUGGAAGCUUAUUGAACUCAUGCGCCGACAAUACUGGGAUCGCUGGUCAAAGGAAUACCUUCAUACUUUACAAAACCGAAACAAAUGGCAACUAACUAAAGAAAACAUAAACAAAGGGCUGUUAGUUCUCCUCAAGGAGAGUAACCUACCGCCAGGCAAAUGGGCUAUGGGCCGCGUAAUUGAAUUGCACCCUGGAAGCGACAAAUUAGUUCGAGUUGUCUCGCUUAAAACACAGUCUGGAAUAUGUAACCGAAGCAUGCGAAAAUACUGCAUCAAACAAGGUGACGUCAGAACCAGAGAAAUGCGGUAG